AUGGAAUGUAAUGAAGAGAUGUUGAAGAUGAUAGUUCCAGAAACACAACUCACCAUUGUUGAUGUGUUCGGCGACGGAGAGAAACAAUACUGUUUUCCGGAAGAGAUAGAGACUUUCUACGUGAAACUCACCGACAUGUUAAACUCCUCUGGACUCACUCUCAUAUUCAAUGUCCGAGAAACAUCCUUAGACUUGUUCAACUUUUACUUGGAGGUCGUUAAAAGAGGAGGUUACAAACAGGUUGGUAAACAAAAGCAAUGGGGUGAAGUUGUUUCAGCUCUAAAACUGGAAGGAAACAAUGCAAAGCUACCAUCUCAGAUUAAAAGGCUCUAUGCAAAUCUUCUAUAUGAAUUUGAGAAAAUUUACUUCUAUAGGUUUCGUGCAACUCAAACCGUAACUCACACCACCAAAGCAUUACAUGAAGGGCUUCUACAAGCACCCUCAAAUGACAAACAAAAGAAGAAGCCACGCGGUGUUCCAAGGGGGGCAAACGGAUACCAAAUAUUCCUCAAGCACGAAUGUGCCCGAUUAAAAGCUUGUCGUCAGGACAUAGAUGGCAAAGCGAUCCUGCUCACGGCUGUCGAAGGAUGGAAGAAUUUGUCAGACAUUGAUAAACAGCCAUAUGUGGAGGAAAGCAAGAAGCUAAAGGAAGCUAUGGUCAUUAUUGACAAUAAUAAGCAGAAGAGCACUCAAGUUCUUAAAGGGAAAGAAAAGAUGCCUAGUAUGUGUGGUGACUACUACUGUGUAACUUCACAACCUCAAGGAAAUUACUCUCUUGGUAACAAUGCAGCAUUGGACUUGGCUUUUAAGAUUACAGAAAAAACAUCAAUGGAUCCCUUCUUCCUAUGUGAUUUGGAUGCUUAUCGUUAG